AUGUGCAUGUGUGCGUGUGCAGAAGGGCUGUGCUAUAUGAAAGCAGAAGUGGAAAAUCAGCUGCACACAGACUCACUCAGUCUCUCAGUGCAUGAGGAACAGAGCGUCAGUGUGUUUCUGCUCUCAGCCGUCACAUCUUCCUCUCAUCAUCCCCACUAUCAUCAUCUUCUCUCAGGGCCUCAAAGCAACAUCAGCAGGAGCGUGAAAAUGGUCCAUCACAAAGAGUUCAACAACGCAGGAAAAGCAGCCGGUCUGCAGAUCUGGAGGAUUGAGAACUUGGAGAUGGUUCCUGUCCUGGAGAGUUUGCACGGGAGCUUUUACACUGGAGACGCUUAUGUGAUCCUGAGCACGGUCAAACAGAGAGACAGCUUCUUCUACCACCUUCACUACUGGCUCGGUAAGACAGCACUGAUCUGAGUCUCCCCUCCCCUUUUUUACUGCCCUGUUAUAAAGAAAAGUCAGAUUACCGCAGACACAAACAUCCAGAUUAAUGAAGUCGUCAGGAAAGAAAAAUCCCUCUGUCUGCUUACAAGAAGUCCGAGAGAUUACUGUGCUUUGAAAGAGAUUACGGUCAUGUUCAAAACAAAUCAUGGUUGAGUAUUAAGGCCAGACAUGUAAAAAAUUCAAAUAGAAAAUUUGCAUUUGAAGAAUGAUGCAGAAGUUUCAGUAUGAGGGGGUUAAUGGAUAACUGAGACAGGAGAGGUUUUAUGACACUAAUUUCCAAAGACGCUUGGUUUUUACUUUCAGGAUAAAUUAAAAUUGUCUUUCUGCUGCAAAGAAAAAUAAAUGUUGCAACUUUUAUUUUAGUCUUUCAGUUAUGUGCAUGAAGCUCUAACUCUUUAUUUCUCCCUGUAUGUUACAGUUUGCUGGCCUGAAUUAUCCCCCUAAAUACUCUUAUAUGUAUCAGUGGCAUGUCUUUAUUUAUAAGGCAGUUUCAUAUUUUAAGACUUGUUUUACUGCCUUGACACCAAAAAUGUGUUUUGCAACAGAAAUAAAAGAGUUUGUAGUCCCAGUAUCGACCGAAAAAACAGUCUGUAUGGAGAGCAAAAGCAGGAGGAACACAAUCAUCCAUCAUGACUUCCCUGCUCUCAUUAGCUGUACUCUUAAAACAGAUAUCUGCAUGAAGGUCAGCUAACAGUCUGUUCUAGAUCAGACAUUUACACUGAGAUACUAAUCUGACUGAUAAGUGUUAAGAUUUAUAGACUUGAACAGAUGAACAGUAAACCAGAGUGAUGCCUAUUUGAGAGACUGUUUACAGAGAAACUGAGACUCUCCACAGACAGUGUCUUUUUUCUCACGCCUUGAUAAUCUUAAGAAAUGAGCAGCGUAAGGAUGUUUUAAUUGAAGCGUAAUCAGGAAGUGAAGACAGAGAAGUGGUGAAGAAAAAGUUCAUUAGUCAGAGAUUUUUUAUCACUUUGGAUUUUUAACAGACUCACAGCUUCCUCAGUAAUGUGACAGAUGAGCAAAGAUAACGUGACUUAAUGAUGCUUUAGUCUAACCACAGGAAGUGGAUGGUUUUUUAAUAGAUUGAUUAGAAUAAAACAGACUGUGAGACUCAGACAGAAUAUUGAAAGUUCCUUUUUCGUUAUCACACACAGUCUUGCGUCAUUAUUACGUUACUGCAACGUUUGACUGGAUUCAACAUCUGGACUUAAUUCUCCACAUUUCAUCAGCUUUUCUUUUAACCUGGGCUAUCUUAAAUGUAAAUGUUUUAAAGCCGAUUUAUCGCCAAAUUUCAAUAAGUUAACCACUAUUACUCUAUAAUAUUCCAUUAGUUUGAAUUUUUAGCAAAUUCAUAUCCAGAAUGGAGACAUAUUCUUAGUUUGUUGCUCCUCAGGGUGAAGUCUUAGCUUUUGCUGGUGCAGCACCAACAAAUACAGACUUUCUUUUAUCCAAUCAGCUGAUGGCCUUUUAAACAAAUUGUGACCACUGUGAUCAAUAGUCACAUCAAUCAGUGGUGAGAGUCUAAUGAAUGUAUGGAUGUUUGGCUGUGUUGUGUGUGUGGUAAUGUUGCAUCCGUGGAGACUUCUGUCUGCACAGCAAAUACUCCAAUCUACUCUAACACUCUACUCUAAUGAACUCCACUGUGAUCUACUGUACCCUACUCUCCUCCACUGUAAUCUAUAGUAAUCUAAUAUACUCUACUUUACUGUAAUCUACUGUACCCUACUCUUCAAAACUGUAAUCUAUGGUAAUCUAAUAUACUCUACUGUAAUCUAAUGUACCCUACUCUUCUCUACUGUAAUCUAUAGUAAUUUAAUAUACUCUACUUUACUGUAAUCUGAUGUACUCUACUUUACAGUAAAAUACUGUGAUCUGCCAUACCCUACUCUUCUCUACUGUAAUCUAUAGUAAUCUAUUAUAAUCUACUUUACUGUAAUCUACUGUAAUCUACUGUACCCUACUCUUCUCUAAUGUGAUCUAUAGUAAUCUAAUAUACUCUACUUUACUGUAAUCUACUGUAAUCUACCAUACCCUACUCUUCUCUACUGUAAUCUAUAGUAAUCAAAUAUACUCUACUUUACUGUAAUCUGAUAUACUCUACUUUACUGUAAUCUGAUAUACUCUACUUUACUGUAAUCUACUGUAAUCUACCAUACCCUACUCUUCUCUACUGUAAUCUACAGUAAUCUAAUAUACUCUACUUUACUGUAAUCUGAUAUACUCUACUUAACUGUAAUCUACUGUAAUCUACUCUAACCUACUCUUUUGUACUUUAAUCUAUAGUAAUCUAAUAUACUCUACUUUACUGUAAUCUACCUUUAUGUACUCCACUGUAAUGUACUCUGCUCUACUCUACCCUACUCUCCUGUACUUUAUUCUGCUUUACUCUACUGUAAUCUAACCUACUCUGCUUUACUAUUGUUUUCUCUAGUCUAAUCUAGUCUAAACAGAUUACUUUUGACUUUUCAGAUGAGCCUUGAGCGUUUUUAAAGGAAAAAGUGCCGUCCAAAAGCGCCUCGGUGUUGUUGGCAGUGAGAUGAGGCUGCGGCACGUUAAAGUCAGACUAAUUUAUGUAUGUGUGUUUGGCAGCGGCGGAGCCUGUUAGCUGAGAUUUAGAGCAAUAACUCUGAGGGCAAUAUCUAAUCUGGUAGAGCAAUAAGGAAAGCAGUGCACAUCUCCCAUGCAGUCAAAUUUAUAGCAGCAGAAUGUUAUCAAUUUUAUCAAUACUGACGUGUCAUGGUCUAAUUAUAGAAUCGAAGGUCAUUGAAACUCACACACUCUUAUUUAUCAAGGUAGUUUGAACCUGUUGAGACACAUAAGGUAAUCAAAAGGUUAUAAAUUACUCACUUACUUGUUCCAGUAAGUCCUACCAGCUGCCUGCAACAGUGAAGCCACACAGUACGCUGAAUUAAUGAUUAACAGGCUUGUAGUUUUUAUUCAUGCAAAUAAACCUCAGUGGUGCAAACACCUUCUGAGGAUUAAAGGAUUAGACACAGUAAAAACGAUGACAUAAUUGUAGCUGCACAUGCAGUCAAAAUCACAACACAGAUGAUUUAUCUCAAAGAUGAUUUCAAAAUGACUGAGGAAGUUAUUCCUUGUUUAAUCCUGAGGCGCCCUAAAGUGACCUGCGCAGAGUUGUAAAUCUACACCUCUGGUUAUCUCCGGUACGAUAAGGAUCAGACUUAAAUCAUUCCCUCUUUCAUCUCUAAGUUUACGGUAAAAAGAAUUUGGAUUGUGUGACGUGAGUUCCUUUGUGCUGCAACAAUGCUAAAAGUUCAAAAUGAUCUUAGAUAUUCUGAGAUGAUUUCAACAUUUGGACUUGAAAUCUAUUUUUUUUCACAUUCCUGUUCUGCAAUUUGAGUGAAAAUUUUCUCAAAGCAGUAAAUCUUAAAAUGUAAAGCAGAAAAGAAAGUUCUAUACUUCUCUUUUCCUUCUGACUUACUGUUAAACAUCUUUGUAGAUUGACUGAGGGUAAUGAGGGUAUGAUGAAAUUAUAAGUUUUAGCAGGAAGUGAUGGAGAUAAGUCCUUCAGUUUCAGAGAACUUAAUCACAUUAGAUCGAAAGAAACACUCCCGGAUACAGCCGCGUUAAGUAAAGACAGUAACUGCUAAAAUAACCAUCCUCAAGCCACUGUGCAGGAGUGAAGCUGCAGGAAUCAGGGAGCGUUAACACCCGCUGAUUAAAUUACAACAACUUCUUCCACGUUUGUGGUUUUCAGCAGCUCGGUGUCAGAGCAGGAGUGGUUUUUUAUAUUGACUUUUCCAGUUUGACGACUCGUCCUCAGAGUGAUUCUUGGCAUCCAGAAAGUCAGUCAGUGACAACAAACGGAAGAUGAUCCUCUGAGCUAUGUUCACAGAGCGUCCACCUUGAAAUAUUGACUCUCUGACCGACCUGAGAGAAAGAGUGUGUUUGUACUUUCAGUGAAACCACAAGUGCACACACAGAUACACACAGCGCUUUGUUACUGUAAGUGGUUUGUAAAUACUCAAAAACUUGUAUACGUCACAAAGAUGGAGUGAGACGUUUACAGGAGUCUGGACUAAACUCUAACCAGGUAGGAAGGACUAAAAAAAGCUGCUUUAUUUGAGUGUUUUUGCAGAAGAUGAUUAUGCAUUUGAAGAUUUGUUCAUCUGAGUGAUCAAACUUCAACACUUGACCAUCUCAGGGAGGCAGAGUUCAGGUUUAUAUUUGUAUUUAAAUACAAAUAUUAAAAUGAACGUGGGGAAAAAAUCAACAAGCAAAGCCAGCCCAGUCUUACCUCAGGCUAGAAUAAACACAGAGUAUGUCUGAAAGAAAAAAGGUGACAUAACAAUGUGUCAGUUUACCUUCUCGCUGCAGAGACAAUCUGCUUCUUCAAACUGGUUCUUUCGGUGCUGCAGGCAAAUCAUUCAGCAAGAGACUAAUGAACGUCUGUAAACUGCACAAAUAUUAGAAAACACAUUUGGACUGCAUAUCAAAACACUCUGAAUAUGUAAUCAAUUAUUUUAAUUAGAAAGAGUCAUAAGAUGGUUACACACAACUUUUCAUGACACACUCAUCUUCUCCAGGCUGGAUUAUCACAGCUCUCUCUUAACCAGAAAUCUCUCUCACACCUCAAACCUCUGUCAAGAAAGCAGCAGCUCGGCUUCUCGCUGGUUUUGAAAGACCACAUCAAUCACCCUGAUCUGGUCACCUUUAGACCUACUUUAGGUCCGGCUCUCAGCUACAUAUCUGAAAUGUCAACUCUUAAGAGACACCCUGCAGCCUAAGGUCCUAAAGUGGGAACCUCCUGGUAGUUCCAAAGUGAAAGCUUAAAAUUAAAGGUGAUUUUUUUGGGUUUUUAUUAGGGCCCUUUGACUUUAAAAUGAUCUUGAUGAGCCAAGACUCAGAUUUUCUAAAUUCCAACUUCCAUAGACAACUCCUCUCUAAAAAGAGACAUUUGUACCUGCUAAAAACUGUCUGCAGCUGUGAUACAUUUAUGAAAACUGUUAGCAUAUUAGUUAAUUUUACAGUAAAACACCGAGCUGGAUACUUGUGGGGACCAAAAUCCAGAGGAACAGGGAGUUUAGAGGGGUACUGAGGAGCUGCAUGAAGUCUCUUUUGUGCAGAAAAUACAGUAAAUUUCAGCUCUUCUCUGUGUAAAACAUAAUUUUAUAAAACAUGAGGUCAUCCUCUUCUCUGAUCUCAGCAGAAUAUCACACCCACUCCCCUGGGUCUGAUAAUAAAACAAGAGACAUUGAGUAAGAAUCACUAAAUCCUUAAAAUCUGCCAAACAUCAAGUUUAUUCCAUCUUGUUCAUGCAGUUAUUGAGGAAUAGCAAGUUUGUCAGGUUUUUUGGGGGUUGCAGUUGUUCCAUUUAUGGGUUUGUGUGCAAGUUGCACUCUGACUUCUCAGGCAUUGUUUUAUAACAUCAAUAUAAUAAAUAAAACCUCAGAGUAAAGCAUUUAUUCCUUUGUUUACCGUUAAAUGGUUUCCUUGCAUGGCUAUACAGUAGUACGGAUUAGUAACCUUUUCAUCUCAGGGUAAACCGGAUAAUCUUUGCUCCUGUAACAGACGAGUUUGAGCCGUCUGUUAUCUUUAUCUUUCUGUUGUUCAGACAUUUGUAGUUGAUGUGAUGACAGUGUGACGGUUUGGUUGGUGUCAGCAGCGUCAGCACAAACUCAGAUUCUGCUUUUGCACAAACUGGCCGUUUCAUUGAGUGUUUUCUCAUGUUGUGGUCAAGAGUGAUAGGAAGGACGAGCAGGAUGUCCAUUUGUAUGUCUGAUGGUAAAUGAUUCAUGCUGGGGGGGUUCAAACAUCUUAGUGGUAUUGACUUUCCACUUAAAGUGAGAAAAUGGAGUUUCAGUUCUGCAGGAAGGAAGUACGCCGACUGAUUCACAUUAACACAUAAACAGUGUGGGUCAUAAAGAGGCGUUAUUAUCAUAAAUAAGGGUUAGACUGAGUUUGUGGUGAAAGCAGCACAUGGAGCAAUCUGAGUGAAAAUCUGCUCACCGUAUAAUUGCAAUAAACAUUAUCACCCUGUUAUUUCCCCAGUGAGCCCCGAAGUACUUUCUCAGUCACGGUUUCUGCAACCAGACGUGAUCAAGUCUCAUCAUUCUUUCCUCUUCUUCUCUGAGGACUCUCUCACACAUAACAGCGGGCACACAGCUCAUCUAAAAUUAAUGAUAUCUUCCUGAUUAUGAGUCAAACAUGGACAGAGGGGCUAGAAAACAGCCUGUACAAAACGUCUUGCAAAACACACCUGCAUUCCACCUGUUAUCUUAACAUUUGAGGAUGUCAAAGAUGAUAGUUUGACCGUUUCAGAAUAAUGUUCCUGAGUGUCAAAUGUGAAAAACUGAGUGGAUUUAAUCAUCUACAGUACAUCAUAUCAUAUGAUGGCCUUCAUAAUUCAGUAAGACAACAAUAAACCACAUUCUGUAGGGAUCACAACAACAUGGCUCUGUAGUAGAAGAGUCCGGAUGAUAAACUGGCCUGCCUGCAGUCCUGACUUGUCCCCCUUUGAAAACAUUCAGAGCAUCAUGACACCAAAAACAGGAUACAGGAGACCCUGGACUGUUAGGCAACUGAAAUUCUCUAUCAGGCAAAAAUGGGACAACAUUUGACUUUCAGACUCCAGAACCUGGUCUGCUGGGUUCACUAAGGUUUUACAGAAGGUUGUUCUGUGAGGUAUCUGGUAGUAGCAGGAAACUAGUGCAUGUUUUAAACGGUUUGGAGCGUUUGGACUGGGACUGGAAAGGGAAUUUCCUGUGUCCUUACAUCCAGCUCACACAGUAAGCUCAUGCUCAGCCAUGGAAAACAACUUAUUAAGGUUUAUUUAUUUUUGUUUAACUUUCCCUUUUAGUCACACUUAAAUACUGUCAGCUUAUUUUCAAUGAAUCCAUGACUAAUGUUUCUUUCCUUUUAUUCAUGACCCAUUACGUCUCCUUUUCCUCAGUUUCAUCCUGCCAAAAACACUCAAGAUUCCCCCAAGUUAUAGGCUGCAAGAAGAAAUACAUCUUCUGGGACAAAAAUACAAGCAGAUUCUGUUAAAGCGGGAACAUCAUGUCAAAAAGAUGUUUGUUUUUGUUCUUUAAAGGGAAGGAGUGCAGCCAGGAUGAGAGCACAGCGGCGGCCAUUUUUACCGUUCAGUUGGAUGACCACCUCGGAGGGAAGCCGGUCCAGUACAGAGAACUGCAGGGGGUGGAGUCCACGGCCUUCACUAGCUACUUCAAGGGAGGAAUCACAUACAAAGUACGGGUCCAAAAACACUGAAAACUUGACUUAUAGGACACAUAAACACUUACAAUUAACAUUAACGUUUAGGUAUUUCCCAAAAAACUCAAGACACUUUGGUGGCCAACCAAUUGUACGUCAGCCUACCCACAUACAGCGUAUUUGCUGACUAUUCCAACAGUUUCUUUUGUUUUAUUUACCAUGAUAAAGUAAACACUAUUUAAGCGUUUUCCACAAACAUAAGUCACUUGGUUGACUAUCCAAGUGUAUCUUAACCUUCCCAAGUAUAUUUGCCAACCAUUUCUGUAAUAUCUAAUCCAUGAACGAAAAAGUUUGCUUUUGCUCCUUGUUCACCUCUGAUAAACACUCACAAGCACCAUUUAUAUUUCCCACCCCACCACCUGAAGUCACCUCUCCUGCUCCUCUCCCUGCUCUCCUCUCUUCUUCUUCUCCUCCUGCUCCUCUCUGUGCUUUAAUCUCGACACAUUCAAAGUCUUCCAGAAGACUUAUUUACCUUUCAACUCCUCCAACCACAUGCUUGUUUGUUUUACUUUAACCUUGAAUCCCGUGUUAGUUUGUAACUGGACCACAGGAAAUAGUGACUCACGGUUCAGGAGAAAAGUCUGGAGUAAACAGACGGAUGAAUGAAGAACCUCACAGUGUUUCUCUCCUCAGACAGGGGGCGUGGCCUCAGGUUUCCAUCAUGUGGUCACCAAUGACCUCUCAGCGCAGAGACUCCUGCACAUCAAAGGCCGACGGGUUGUCAGGGCGACACAGGUCCCCCUCUCCUGGUCCAGCUUCAACAGCGGUGACUGCUUCAUCGUGGACCUGGGAGACGUAAGAACUCCAGGUUUUGAUGUUUGCAGAAGGAGGCUGAUUAAUCCGGAUCAAACCAGAUCAAACUGGAUCAUCUGUGUUUAUAUGUAAUUCUGAUUCUCUGUGUCUACUGUAGAAAAUCUAUCAGUGGUGUGGAUCCAAGUGCAACAAGUUUGAGCGCCUGAAGGCAGCACAGGUGGCCCGAGGUAUCCGUGACAACGAGAGGAACGCCCGUGCAGAGCUGGUGGUUGUAGAAGAAGGACAAGAAGUACCAGCGUUAAUUAAAGUGAGUUAUUUCACACUCAGAGAGUUUCUUUGUUUAUUAUGAUGAGUGUGACUCAGACCAGAAACACAGAAAUGUACAUAUGAAAAAAUACAAGCCAUAACUUCAAUUAAUGAUGGAUGCAACUACAUUCAAACGUCUCAGGAGAGACAGCUUCAGAGUCCUGUCAGAUUCAGUUUGCUUUUAUUACUUUUUAAAAAUUGCUCUUACACAUCAAGAAAUAUGCAGCACUAUGGGGAGCAGUUAUUCUGAGGAAAUGUUGAUUACUUAUUGACAUCCAGGGAUUUCUGGUUAAUGCAGCAGCUUUUGCACUGUUCAGCAGUCCGAGUUUUGUUGCCUCCUCCUAUGAAAGUGUUGUUCCUGUGUUGUUGAAGCGUGACUGCCAUGAUCAGCUACCAUGAAGACAAGUUGUGAUCUCUGAAAGAAAGUUGUUUGUUACUUUGAAGUUGACAGUCUCUGAGUUGAAACCACUUCCUCCAAGACUUGAUGAUAUAAAUGUCCUUCACUGUUUCGGUAACCUCAAAAUUUGAGUGAUGCAAGGAUCGUUUUUCUUUUCUCCUGCUCAUUUUUGUUAUUCUAUUUUAUCACUACUAUUAUUACCAUCAUGAUUUUAUUAUUUUAUCAUAAUUAUUAAUAUUGUUUUAUAUUUACUACUUCUGCUUUCAACCCCCCUUUUUUGUUGCAUUUUCUUUUUCUUACCUACUUUAUGUUUUUAUUUUGGUCUUAUUGUAUGUUGGUUCUUGUAUUGUCGGCCUUCAAUUCUGAGGCCUUUUUUGUUUUUAAUUGUUUUUAUUUCCAUGUGCUGACGUUCUAAUAAUAAUAAUAAUAAUAAUAGAUUUUAUUUUUAAAGCACUUUACAUUUGAAAACAAAUCUCAAAGUGCACAACGAAAACAGAAAAAAAAACAAUAACAGUAAAAUCAAGCAACAGGGCAAAACAAUUAAAAAAAAAGUUAAAGUCAGAUAAAAUUAGUCCGGGUAGGCUUUCAGAAAAGGAAGGUGCUUUAUGACCACUUGUCAAAGCACUUUGUAAACCUCUUUUUCUAAAAGUGCUAUGAAAAUAAAGUUAUUAUUAUUUUUAUACUAUUAUUAAUGUCUUUUAAGUUUAAAAUGUUGAUACAAUUUUUUUAAUCUCUGAAGAUGCGCCAACUGCAUCCAGCUUCAGCUCUGUUAACAGAGGUAUAAAAGUGGUGAUGAUCUACUCAUGAGCAUAAUAUCUCCAACAGAUAUGAAACUCACACAUCCAGUCUGAUUAUUUUUCCAACACCACAGAGUUUCAUCAUACAGCUUUGGUUGACCACAGUAUGCUGUUUUUCCGCUGCAGUGUUUCCCUCUGGGGGUCUGUGGUUUACCUUGUCAGUCUGAAUGAUUUCAUGGAUGCAUUAAGGAUAUGGCAUUUUAAUAUUUUAUACUAACAGGUUCUUGGAGAGAAGCCAGAGUUGUCACAGGGAGAUGAUGAUGACGAUACAGAGGCCGACGUGUCCAACAGAAAAAUGGCCAAACUAUACAUGGUGCAGUAUUCAUACAUAUGCGCAAAUACUCUGUGUUUUCAUAUAACUGAGGUAACAGAUAAAUUGACCUAACUCAUCCUACACACAGGUUUCUGAUGCAUCAGGAUCCAUGAAGGUGACGGUGGUGAAGGAGGAGAAUCCUUUCCUCCAGACCGACCUGAUCUCAGAUGAGUGCUUCAUCCUGGAUCAUGGGAAAAACAAGAUAAUCUUUGUGUGGAAAGGUAAUCAGAAAGCUGCAGCCGACACUUUCGGGAUCUAUUUUUGUGGUUUUAUUGUGUGAGUCCCUGUGCAGCAGGUUGUGUGAGUUUGUCAGGGCAACAUCAGUCUGUUCUUAUUUAUGACCAACAGGGCGCAACGCCAACCCCAGCGAGAGGAAAGAGGCCAUGAAAACAGCCGAGGGCUUCAUCAAACAGAUGGGUUACCCUGCAAACACACAGGUUUCUCUCUUUGUUUUCAGGAGUAUUACACGUUAAACAAGGACUUCACUCAAGUCCCUCUGUGAGCUGAUGUUUCUGUUGGUCCUGCAGAUCCAGGUCUUGCCUGAAGGGGGAGAGACACCCAUGUUUAAGCAAUUCUUCGUGAGCUGGAGGGAGCGGGACCAGAGCGAUGGUUUCGGGAAGGUGUUUGUCACAGAGAGAGUCGCCAGGAUCCAGCAGGUGGAGUUUGAUGCUUCAAAGCUGCACGAGUCUCAUCAGAUGGCGGCUCAGUACAACAUGGUGGACGACGGGAGCGGAGACACACAGGUGAUGGAGUAUAAAAGCACAGUCUGCAUAUUUGAUGCUCAGCUCCAGAUAGAAAGGACAUGUUCAUUCCAAAGUUGUCUUUAAAGCCAGACUGUUGAUGGAGAUUUUUUGGUCACAGUAAAUUGUGACACUGAAUGUCUAAAUUUUCAUUAUUUUGCAUUUUGAGAACAUGUUUGAGUUCAUAUUUACAACAUAAAACCUUUUUGUGUGUUUCUUUCAGAUCUGGAGGGUGGAGAGUGUCGGCAGAGUUCCUGUCGACCCAAAAACUUAUGGUCAGUUCUACGGCGGCGACUGUUACAUCAUCCUGUACACGUAUGGACAGAGACAAAUCAUCUACACCUGGUACGACUAUUUUCAGACACUGAGGCGCUUCAUUUACAUAAAAAACAGGGCUGUGACUUUCUCUGAGACACUCUGCUGAUCUGUUUGUUUCAUCACAUUUAAACUGUGUAGACAUUUAACUCAUCUAUUACAUGAAAUCAUAGAUUUAACAUUAUUUAUUUCUUAAUUAAUCCAAUGAUCAGGUUUGAUAUGUUUAUUCUUAAUCAUCUUGAAUGAUCACAAAGUCUGCUCAAACUUUUGAGACAGUCAUAAAGCAGUACCAAGUAACUUUUUUGGCUAGUGGGGCACAACAAUGACAUAUUAUCACCUGAAAGAGAUUGUGUGUUUAGGACAGUAGCAUUGAAACAUACCCAGCAGAUAAUAAAGCAACAAUAUCUGAGAUAAAUCCCAAACUCACAAAUUUAAUGCAAAUAUCAGAUCUGACAAAAAAUCAAAUAUUUUAAGGGUCUUGCACAAAAGUCUGCUCCAUAACAGCCCCUGAGAUGUUCACAAAUUCUUCCUCAAUCAUUAAAGUUGCCAAACAUCUGCAUCAAGGUCUGCGAAGAAUCUCUCACCACCAUGGUGAAAUCUUAACAGGAAGUCACAGUAUUUCCUUUGUUCAGUGUUUGAUCUGUGUGAAAUUUAAUGCACAUGAUUAAGGUCCGCCCCCAAAUACCUCUAUAUACUCAUAUUCCAUAUACAGUCACAGUCUUGAUUAUGAAAUAAUAACUUCUACAGAAAACAAAAAAAAUGAUAUAUCUUAGAUGAUGUUACCUGCCACAUCCAGUCUAAUUUAGUCAAAGUAAUAGCACCACCUGCUGGAAGCUGAUGGUAAUAACUUCUGUAAAUAGGUUUGAAUGAGCUGUAAAUAAUAGCUGUUAGUUUUCUACGCUGUCCUAAACUUUACUAAGGAUAAUAACUGGCUUAUAGUCUGUUUUUACCGACUCUUUAAGCUCUUGCUAAACCCUUCCAUGUGCUUGACAUUAAAGAUGUGCGCUGACGUUAUCUACCUGAGCAGAUCUGCCUCUAGUAACUAGAGUCUAGUUCAUGGUGGCAGUUGUAGUCAUUUGGGGACCCAAAGCAAACAAUGAUCAUCUUUCCUUUGGCACUGCUAGAGCAGCUCUGUUCAUUUCUGCUUGUUUCUAAAGCCUCUUUCUGCAUCUCAGCUCCCUAAAAUCACAUUUCCCUCAGUCGUAGAUCGUUUGUUAAAGGCAGAGGUAGUUUUCUUGAGUUGCUUCCAUGUAUUUGCUGUUUCCACUGACUGUUAAACUAAGAUAAAAGACAAGUAAAAAUCUGUAGGGGAAGAUAAUUGCACAAAUCCAAAAACCCUGUUAAGGUUUAGCACUAAUCUUUGUUACAUGUGUCCCUCUGACCUGCAGGCAGGGAUCCAGCUCCACUCUGGAUGAGGUCACAGCCUCAGCCUACCUGACCGUACAGCUGGAUCGAUCUCUUGGAGGAAACGCAGUUCAGGUAAAACCAGUAUGAGGUUUGACAUGAACAGAAUGUGCAGAGGAAGCCUGAGGGGUCUCAUAAAUCUGUGUCAGUGAAUUAUUAUCUUUUGCAUGCAAAGUGAUGGUAAGCUUUUACUUUGUCAUGGGAGAAUCUCUCUUUUUAAUCCUAAAUGUCUCUAAAUGUUCUUGUUUUAUUUGGAUGUUUUCAUGUCUUUACGAGUUUGUGUGUUUUUGUGUGCUCAGGUCAGAGUGUGUCAGGGUAAAGAACCUCCUCACCUGCUGAGUCUCUUCAAAUCCAAACCUCUCAUUAUCUACAAAAAUGGUACGUCCCGUCAUGGGGGUCAGGCUCCAACCCCUCAAACCCAGCUGUUCCAGGUCCGACGAAACCUCGGCACCAUCACCAGGAUCGCUGAGGUCAGCAUUAUUCCUCUAUCACAGAAAAUAAACCGCGACAGUUUUUGCAUUUUAAAGAUGUUGGAUGUGAUGUUUCAGGUGGAUGCUGCUGCAGCUAGUUUGAACGCUAAUGACGCCUUCCUGCUGAAGAUGGCGGGUAGGCGGGGCUACCUGUGGAUGGGAAAAGGAGCAAGCGAUGAGGAGUUAAAAGGAGCGGAGUACAUGAGCAAGGAGCUGAACUGCAGCUGCAAACAAAUCGCAGAGGGGAGUGAACCAGGUCAGCCGCUGCACCCAGAAUAAAGAAUUACCAUAACCUGACGGCUUGAUGAGUUUGAAGUCACUGUGAAUGUUGGAAAAAAUGCACAAACUUUCCCUUAAAUGAGUUUUUUACAGCUGAGGCUCUGAAAAAUAACAAAAUAAACUCAGCUCUAGCUGCUGCUGCAUGACUGACAGUGUGGAGAACAAAACCUGUUUGUAAUAAGUAAAUAUUAGAGCAUCCUAUACUGGACAUCUAGACUGUCUUACCUGGAAACAUCCUGCAUUCAAAGGAGAUGGUUGUUUCAGAAGAGACUGAGCCAAAGCCAAAGGGAAAGUGACCUACAAACUCCUCUCAGAAAAAUGAUCAAGUUUAGUUAAACUCUGGAUUUGAUAUUUUAUCUCAUGGUCCAGAUUGUCUUUGUGUGUUUUUGUGUUUUUUAUUUGUCAUCAAACAAGACUUAGGAUCAGCACUUUAACGAUAGUCAGUCAUUUCUGCUGUACAGUUUGUGUAUUUGUGAUGAUAAUCUGUCUUACUUUCUUUUUCCAGCUGACUUCUGGGCAGCGUUAGGAGGAAAAUCCGAGUACCAGACCUCAGAGAAAUUAGAGAGUCAGAGUCUAGCUCAUCCUCCUCGACUGUUUGGGUGCUCCAAUAAGACCGGCAGGUUCAUUGUGAGUGACUGAUCCAGAAUAUUAUAAGACUUUCAUGAUGAGAUAUAAUAGCAUUUGUGCAUCCUGCAGUGGGAUAUUAGAGACCAUAACCAGUGAGUCAGCUCCUUAAUAACCUCCCCCUCCUCUGAAUUCAACUCAUUAAGACUUUUAUCUGUUUAUUCCCAGGUAGUGAUAAUAAUCCGAACUCACUCUCUGCAGCACAUUAUUAACUGUCUGAACAAAGUUCUGGUGUAGGUCCGGUGUCAGUGUCAGUGUUUUUGUGUCGUGCAGAUUGAGGAGGUUCCUGGAGAGUUCACUCAGGAUGACCUGGCUGAAGACGAUGUGAUGCUACUGGAUGUUUGGGAUCAGGUACACUGCAGCUGGAGCACCUAAUAGAUCAGCUCUGAACCUUAAACAUCCACUCUAACACCUUUAACCCUCUGCUGCAGGUGUUCGUCUGGAUCGGAAAAGACGCCAACGAGGUGGAGAAAAAGGAAUCAGUCAAGUCAGGUGAGAUUUUGGGUUUGACUCAAACCUGCAGGUUAGAAUGAUAAUGAUUUGGUAGAUCUGUUAGUAUAUUCAUAUUUAGUGGAUUUAGUAGCAGUAAUCUGGCCUCACUAUCUGUGUCACGCAGGCUCUCAAAUGUGCAAACCAGGAAAUGUCAAGCAUUUAACUUUUCAAACAAAAAAACUUUGGAUCCUUCUGCAUGAAGCUCAUUUGAGAGCGAGACUUGAUCAGUUAUUUUUCAUGUGAUCAUUUUUAAACUGAGGACAUCAAAUGAUAGAAAAAAGAACUAGAGAACUAAACUUGACUUACAUUUUUUAGCAGGACACAGGUUAAUAAAAUUUUCUGGAGCCCUGCAGUGUCUGGACUUUUUUAAUCUGCUUCUUGCAAAUUUUUCAAAAGAAGUAAAGUGUCUACACAAAAAGCAAAGAAAACAUUAAAAUAUCUGAACUUUUCGGAUCAUCUUUAUUCAACAUCACAGUACAGUUUGAACCACCUUUAAUUUCACAUUUAAUACCUUUUUCUGCCACAAGGGGGCCCACCAGCAUAUGUAUGUCAUAUCAAUGUUUCCUCUCUCUCCUCUACAGCCAAACAGUACAUCGAGUCCGAUCCUAGCGGGAGGGACAAGCAGACCCCUCUGGUGGUAGUGAAACAGGGACAUGAGCCCCCCACCUUCACAGGCUGGUUCCUGGCCUGGGACCCCUCCCACUGGGACUCAGUGUCCUGGAGCAUGCAGGCUCUACGUCUGUAG